GAUACAGUUACCAUUGGAGAUGUGUCGUAUAAGCUCAGAACUCCAAAGAAUCCAGAACUUGUCCCAGUGAACUACAUUUCAGAUUCUCUGGCUCAAUCUGUAAUUCAGCAUCUAAGAUGGAUAAUGCAAAAAGAUCUUUUGGGCCAAGAUAUCUUCCUUAUUGGACCUCCUGGGCCUCUUCGACGGUCUAUAGCUAUGCAGUAUUUGGAGUUGACUAAGCAAGAGGUGGAAUACAUUGCACUCUCCAGAGACACAACGGAAAAUGAUCUCAAGCAGCGGAGAGAGAUCCGAGCUGGAACUGCCUACUAUAUCGACCAGUGUGCAGUACGUGCAGCAACGGAGGGUAGAAUCCUGGUUCUGGAAGGCUUGGAGAAGGCUGAACGGAAUGUCUUGCCAGUGUUAAACAAUUUGCUGGAGAACAGGGAAAUGCAGCUCGAAGACGGACGUUUCCUCAUGUCAGCGGAACGUUAUGACAAACUGUUGGAGGAGCACAAUAAAGCAGAGUUGGACGCUUGGAGGAUUGUUAGGGUCAGUGAAAACUUCAGAGUGAUUGCUCUGGGUCUUCCUGUCCCCCGAUAUUUGGGUAACCCUUUGGAUCCACCUCUUCGGUCUAGAUUUCAAGCCAGAGACAUUUACUAUUUACCCUUCAAGGACCAUCUUUCACUGCUAUAUUUUAUCGGACCUAAAGUUUCAACAGACAAAAUUUCUCGCCUUUUGUCCUUUGCAACAACAAUGUGCACCCAGGAAUCUUCCACACUGGGCCUUCCCAAUUUCCCUUUGGACAGCUUAUCGUCCGCCGUGCAGAUUCUGAAUACCUUCCCCAUGAUGUCAGUCCAGCAAAUAAUCAGAUGGCUUUAUCCAUACGAUGUUCUGUUGGGAAAGGAAGGCAAAACAGCAGUAGAGGAUUCCUUAAAACGAUUUGAUCUCCAGGAUUUGGGAAGCUCUUCUGCACCUACAAGAGUUUUAAAUGUGAAGAAGAUGGACAGCGACAAGCUUCUGCAGGCUGCUGUGACAGUUCAGAUAACUGGAAAAGCUGUGACAUUUCAGGUUCCUACUGGGACUAAGCCACUAGGCCGGCAUUCUGGGGCAGAGGGCUUCAUCAGGACUGCCAGCCAUGAACAGCUCUUGGCAGAAAUGAUUCAGUCCCAUAUGGUUAAAGAUAUUUGCUUAAUUGGAGACAAAGGAUGUGGCAAAACAGUUCUAGCUAAGGAGUUUGCAGCUGUGUUAGGAUACGACAUGGAUCCCAUCGUGCUCUAUCAGGAUAUGACGGCCCGAGAUCUGGUGCAGCAAAGGUACACGCUGCCCAAUGGGGACACUUCCUGGCGGCCUUCUCCUCUUGUCACGGCUGCACUGGAGGGAAAGCUUGUGAUUCUGGACGGCAUACAGCGGGUCAACCCAGGCAUGCUAGCCAUCCUCCAAAGGUUAAUUCAUGAUAGAGAAAUUGCCCUAUAUGAUGGCACCCGUUUGCUCAGAGAAGAUAGAUAUAAAAAGUUAAAAGAAGAGUUGCAGCUCUCAGAUGAGAAACUACAGCAAAGGUCCAUUUUCCCCAUCCACCCUUCCUUCAGAAUAGUUGCCUUAGCAGAGCCUCCUGUUAUUGGAAGUGCCACUCAGCAAUGGCUGGGUGCAGAGCUCUUAACACUUUUCGUUUUCCAUCAUGUAAAACCUCUGAACAAGAAGGAAGAAAUUAAAGUCAUUACAGAGACGGUCCCGAAUGUGCCUAGUGCUGCAGUGGAGCAGCUCCUGAAGUUAACACACAGACUUCGUGCAACGAAUGAUCCAACCGCGCAGUCACUGGUGUCGUCCUUGUCUACCCGGCAGCUGUUGAGAAUUAGCCGCCGACUGUCCUGCUACCCAGAUGAGAGUCUCUACCAUGCUGUCAGUAAAGCGUGUCUUUCCAGGUUUUUACCCAAUCUUGUGAAAUCUGCUUUGCAUAAAAAUCUGCUGGACUCUGGAAUUGAAACGACCCCCACGGAAAUGCAGAAAAUGGAGGGAAAAGACCUUGGCUGUGAAGUAAACUCAGGGGUCCUGAGGAUUGGGACCGUCUCCAUUCCUGUGUACAACCCGCACGAAAGAAUGAAAGUGCCUGACGUUCUGUUCUAUGAAAAUACUCAACAUAUGAUGGUGAUGGAAGAUAUGCUAAAAGACUUCUUGCUUGGAGAGCAUCUUCUUUUAGUUGGCAACCAGGGUGUGGGGAAAAACAAGAUAGUCGACAGAUUCCUUAACCUGUUAAAUAGGCCAAGAGAGUAUUUGCAACUGCAUAGAGAUACCACCGUGCAAAGCCUUACACUGCAGCCUUCUGUUAAGGAUGGCCUAAUUGUGUAUGAAGAUUCUCCACUAGUGAAAGCCGUCAAGAAGGGGCAUGUCCUAGUUAUUGAUGAGGCAGAUAAGGCCCCCACAAAUGUGACUUGUAUUUUAAAAACAUUGGUGGAAAGCGGGGAAAUGAUUCUCUCUGAUGGAAGGCGCCUGGUCGCCAAUUCUGCUUGUGUGAAUGGCAGAGAAAAUGUGAUAGUAAUUCAUCCAGAUUUUAGGAUGAUAGUACUAGCAAACAGACCUGGAUUUCCUUUCUUGGGCAAUGACUUCUUUGGAACUCUGGGAGAUAUUUUUAGCUGCCAUGCAGUUGAUAAUCCUAAACCGGACUCGGAGCUUGCAAUGCUUCGGUGGUAUGGGCCUGAGGUGCCAGAGCCCGUCCUUCAGAAGCUGGUUGCUGCUUUUGGAGAGCUCAGAAGCUUGGCCGAUGAAGGAAUUAUCAAUUAUCCCUAUUCAACUAGAGAAGUGGUGAAUCUAGUAAAGCAUUUACAGAGGUUUCCAUCUGAAGGACUUGCGAAUGUUGUUCAGAAUGUCUUCGAUUUUGACUCCUACAACAGUGAAAUGCGUGAAAUUGUAGUUAGAACUUUGCAUAAGCACGGCAUCCCAAUUGGAGCAAAACCUACCAAUAUACAGCUGGCUAAGGAGUUGAUAUUGCCAGAUCCAAAAUUUAUGGGCUACUGGAAAGUCAAUCAUUUGGGUAACGAUGGGCGGAAACUUUUGUGUCCAGCUGAUACUCGCCGCAUAGAUGUAAAGGGACCGAUGUAUUUAAAUGUGCAGGCAUUUCCCCUGGAGAGGCACAAUGCCCGGUCUCUGAGUUUUACAGAAGAACUAGCAUUCUGGUCACUGCCUUUGGAUGAUGUUAAUUUGGUGUGUGAUAUUGCCGUGACACGAGAGAAUGACGCUGAGAACACCCUUUAUGUAGCUACAUGCAAUCCUGUGUCUUUAUAUUGUAUGGAUAUAACUAGUAAAACUGGAUAUUACGUGGACUUGUACGAUAUCUUCCCAAGAAGUAUUGGUGGUGCAUGGCAGCCUUUCGUGACACUGGCGCCUCUCGGUUCACCACUCAAGGGUCAAGUGAUUCUGCAUGAGGAGCAGAGCAAUGUUGUUUUACUGCUUGACACGAACACUGGAGCCUUACGCCGAUUUUCACUGUCCGAAGAUGUGCAGAACUACCCUAAAAGGACGGCCUGGUGGGGCAACAAGGAAGAGGCGAAAAGUCACAAAAUGUGCCAAGAGUUUUCACACAAAAACUGGCUGGUGUUCUACAGAGAGGAAGGGAACCAGCUCAUGGUUCUCAAUGUCCUGGAGGGUCAGUCUCACACCAUCUCCUUGCCCAUCAACCUCAAGUCUGUUUUUUUAGUGGCCGAAGACCACUGGCUCCUUGUGGAGAGCAAAACAAACCGGAAAUAUCUUUUAGCUAAGCCUAUGCAUAUGGAAUCUGAAGAGAAAGGGGCUUGCCAGUUACAUGGACUGGAUGAGGAACCUGUAGAGACAGGAUUUGGGCUCACAUCAGCUUCGGAGCCGUAUGUUCCACAGGCCGCUUCAUGCGAACCGUUGUCAUCGGAAAAUCUAAGUGCCGCAACUGGGCAGAAAAUAAGCUCGCCAAACAGAAUGCUCUCCAAUGAGAACAAUUAUGCUACUCUUAUUGUUGGUUUUCCAGACCUCAUGUCCCCUAAUGAAGUUUAUAGCUGGAAGAGAGUCUCCGCCCUGGACAAGAAGCAAAGUCCAUCUUCUGAUCCACUUUAUUAUGGGAAGCGUAGCAAAAGCAGAGAGGCAAAACAAACCAAUUGCGUGACUCUUGUAGCCGCUAAUCAGGUGGUCAGAGUUUUAGCUCCUGGAAAUGUGCCUCUAAAAGAAAUUUAUCCCAAAGAUGUUACUGUGCCCCAAGCAGCUGGAUAUUUGGAAAUUGCAGACCUUACAACAAAGAAACUUAAGUAUAUUCCUGUCCCCAGGUCAAGGAACUUGGCUCCCUAUACGUCGUGGCUUUCGAUGAUUUCAGACACGGAUGUGCUGCUGGCUCCCCUGGGCGAGCGUGGCGUGGUCACUGUCGAUCUGGGCGGCAGCGUCCGGCUGUGGGAGACCUGCCUGGAAAACCUGCAGAGAUCCCUUCAGGAGUGGAGAAGCAUGAUUGGGCAGGAGCACGGCAGGCCUGUGCAGAUAACUAUCCAGAGAGACAGUGGUUUGGACGUCAGCUCUCCAAAGCAUGGGAAGACCGAUCCAGACAACGUACCUCAUGUUGGGGGCAACACAUGGGCUGGAGGAACAGGUGGGAGAGACACCGCUGGAUUAGGUGGCAAAGGGGGACCAUACCGCCUGGAUGCUGGCCACGAGGUUUACCAGGUGUCCCAGGCAGAGAAAGAUGCUGUACCCGAAGAGGUGAAGCGAGCAGCCAGGGAGAUGGCUGAGAAGGCUUUUAAGCAGAGGUUAAAGGAGAUCCAGAUGAGUGAAUACGAUGCAUCUACUUAUGAAAGGUUCUCUGGAGCUGUUCGAAGGCAAGUUGACCUGCUUCGAGUUAUCCUGAGUAAUCUGCAGGCCAAAGGGAAGGAAAGACAGUGGCUGAGACACCAGGUCAUUGGAGAACUUGAUGACGCCAAGAUAAUUGACGGUCUGACAGGCGAAAAAGCCAUCUAUAAGCGACGGGGAGAUGUCGAGCCACAGCUUGGGAGCCCACAGGAGAAGCCCAAGCGCCUCCGCCUAGUCGUAGAUGUUUCCGGCAGCAUGUACCGCUUCAACGGAGUCGACGGGCGGUUGGAGCGUUCCAUGGAAGCCGUUUGCAUGGUUAUGGAAGCUUUUGAGAAUUACGAGCAGAAAUUUAAGUAUGACAUCAAGGGACAUUCCGGAGAUGGUUUUAACAUUGCCUUGGUCCAGAGUGACAAAGUGCCGAAGAACAACAAGCAGAGAUUAGAGAUUUUGAAGACCAUGCAUGCUCAUGCCCAGUUCUGCAUGAGCGGAGACCACACCCUGGAAGGCACGGCGCACGCCAUCCGGGAGAUCGCCCAGGAAGAGGCGGACGAGCACUUUGUCGUCGUCUUGAGCGAUGCGAACCUGGAGCGGUACGGCAUCCCUGCGGCAGAGUUUGCCCGGACCUUGACCCUCGAUCCCAAAGUGAAUGCCUUUGCCGUCUUCAUUGGGUCCUUGGGGAGCCAGGCGGACAGGUUGCAGAGGACACUGCCAGCAGGCCGCUCCUUCAUCGCCAUGGACACCAAGGGCCUCCCGCAGAUCCUGCAGCAGAUCUUUGCGUCCACCAUGCUGUCGAGCUCCUAGGAACGGCCAGCUUCUCAUGCAGAAAUGGAGAACUGAACAUGGAAAACAGCUCAGAAUAAUCACUGUGAAGCUCUCGUGUUAAGGGCUGUGACCCUAACCAUGUAGGCUUUACAUUGGGGUAAGGACUGAACGUGAAUAUUUCGUAGAAGAGCAGUCUGCUCCUCAGCAAAGACUCGAUUUAAACUACACCCGCAAUCAAACCCUUCUGAAAUUUAAGCUUUCUGCUCUGAGUUCCUUAAGAAUUAUGCUUUGCACUGAAUAUUUGUCUAUUGAAGAGAGCAGAAUAAAGGAGAUCUGUCCUUUUCUGGGUAAUUA